GUGCCGGUCCCGGUCCCGGUGCCGGUGCCGGUCUCGGUCCCGGUGCCAGUCUCGGUCCCGGUCCCGGUGCCCGUCCCGCUCCGGGCCCGCGGCGCAGCAGCCCGGGAUGGCGGCAGAGGCGGGCGGCGCCGCGGGGAAGCGGCGGAUCAUGUGCGUGGGGCUGGUGUGCCUGGACAUCAUCAGCGUCGUGGAGGCUUUCCCCGCCGAGGAUUCCGACACCAGGUGCCUGUCACAGCGGUGGCAGCGCGGCGGGAACGCCUCCAACUCCUGCACUGUGCUGUCGCUGCUGGGAGCCCCCUGCGCCUUCAUGGGCUCGCUGGCCCCCGGCCCCGCCGCUGACUUCAUCGCGGCGGAUUUCCAGCGCCGGGGAGUGGACACGGCGCACGUGGCCUGGCAGCCCCGCGGAGAGGUGCCCUGCGCCUGCUGCCUCGUCAACGCCGCCAGCGGCUCCCGCACCAUCGUCCUGCACGACACGAACCUGCCUGACGUGACAGCCCGUGACUUCGAGAGGGUCGACCUUUCCCAGUACAGGUGGAUCCACUUCGAGGCCCGGAAUGCGGUGGAGCAGGGCGCGAUGCUGGAGCGGGUGGAGCGGCACAACCGGGCGACGGCACCAGGGCACAGAUCUAAUCACACCUGGCUGGGGGUAUUGGGGGCUGCCCCCGCCCCAGCCCCUGUCCCACAGGUUUUCAUCAGCAAGGACCUGGCCCGGCACUUCGGGUACCAAUCGGCCCCCGAGGCGCUGCGGGGGCUGCGGGGGCGCAUCCAGCCAGGGGCCACGCUGAUCUGCGCCUGGGCUGAGGAGGGGGCUGAUGCCUUGGGGCCCGGUGGGGAGCUGGUGCACUCGGACGCCUUCCCCCCAGAGACCCUCGUGGACACGCUGGGGGCUGGGGACACCUUCAAUGCCGCCGUCAUCUUUGCGCUCGCAGAAGGGAGAACCCUGCAGGAUGCCCUCACCUUCGGCUGCCGGAUCGCAGGCAGGAAAUGUGGGAUCCAGGGCUUUGAUGGCAUUGUCUGAGCGUGUGGCCGGAGACCUCUGCACCCCUCAGGCACACCACUGCACCCAGCGACUUCUCCACAUCUCCAGUGCACCCAGCAACUCCCCAGUAAAACCCCACGUGCACCA